GCCGCCUCCUCCUCGUCGCCCUCCUGCCUGCCUGCCUGCCUGCCGGCCUCGCCAGCUGUUGCGCGCCUCUCCCGCCGCCGCCGCCGCCUCCUCCUCCCCCCGCACGGCAGCACCGGCGCUCAUGUCUGCGGAAGGCGCGGCCGGGGGCGACGCCGCCUCCCCCCCUCCCGGCCCGACGGCCGCCGCCGCGCCCCCUUCCCCUCCAGGCGGCGAGCAGCCGGAGGCGUCGGGGGCCGUCGAGGAGGCCGGGCCCGGGCCCGGGCCGGAGGGGCGUCGGUGCCGGGCGCUGGUGCUGACGGGCUUCGGCGGCUACGAGAAGGUGAAGGUGCAGGCGCGGGCCCAGCCCAGCGCGGCGGCCGGCCAGGUGAGCGUGCAGGUGCGCGCCUGCGGCCUCAACUUCGCCGACCUGCUGGCCCGCCAGGGCCUCUACGACCGCCUGCCCGCCCCGCCCUUCUGCCCCGGCAUGGAGGCCGCCGGCACCGUCCUGGCCGUCGGGGAGGGCGUCGACAGCCCCAAGAUAGGGGAUAGAGUCAUGGUGAUGGCCACCUCCGGGCUCUGGCAGGAAGUGGUGACCGUUCCAGCCCACCGGACGUUCCCCAUGCCAGAAGGGAUGAGCUUCGAAGAAGCAGCCGCCUUCCUGGUCAAUUAUAUCACAGCCUACAUGGUCCUCUUUGACUUUGGAAAUUUGCGACCCAACCAGAGCGUCCUGGUCCACAUGGCGGCAGGUGGGGUAGGAACUGCAGCGGUCCAACUCUGCAACUGUGGAAAAUGUCACAAUUUUUGGCACCGCCUCUGCCUCCAAGCACGACGGUCUCAGGGAGAACGGAGUCACCCAUCCCAUCGAUUACCGGACAACUGAUUAUGUGGAGGAAGUCCGAAAAAUCUCUCCA